UGACGUCAGUCGUCAGUGUGUCUUCUGUGUUCGUCAGGGACGUUCGUGGACGUACCCGUCGGCCGUUCCCGAUGCUGUUGACGUGAUUCGCCAUGUUUGAGUUGCGUUUACUGGCGUAAAUUAAAUCCCGCGAGCGUGAAAUUUUGAUUUUUGAGUGUUUAGUUUCGCCUCUGUGCUGUGGAUUACAACCCCAUUUUGGAUUUGCACCUUCCUCAAGAUGAGUUGGGGCACCGAGCUUUGGGACCAGUAUGAAAACUUAUCUUUUCAUACGCAAAAAGGGAUCGACUUUUUGGAAAAGUAUGGACAGUUCAUUCGCGACCGGUGUCAGAUAGAGAUGGAAUAUGCUGGCAAAUUAAGGAGGCUGGUCAAGAACCAUCAACCAAAGAAGAAGGAGGAGGAGGAGUAUCAGUACAGUCCGUGCAGGGCAUUUAAGCUGGUGAUGAAUGAAGUGAAUGACCUGGCUGGGCAACAUGAAGUUAUUGCAGAAAAUUUACAAACACACAUCAUUCGGGAAGUUGGAAUACUGGUGAAAGAUUUUAAGGAGGAGAGGAAAAAGCAUUUACAGGAUGGAGCUAGAAUGAUGACAAAUCUGACAAAUCAAGUAGCCACUUUGGAAAGAGCCCGUAAAAAUUAUGAAAAGGCAUUUAAGGAAGCAGAACGCGCCUUGGAUAAUUAUCAGCGAGCAGACGCAGAUCUUAACUUAUCACGAUUGGAUGUAGAGAAGCAAAGAACAAACAUGACAAUAAAAUCACAACAGUGUGAGGACACUAAAAACGAGUAUGCUAAUCAACUUCAGAAAACAAAUGACCUACAGGCACAACACUACCAGAAUCUUAUGCCAGAUGUUUUCCAACACUUGCAAGAAUUAGAUGAAAAGAGAAUCAAAAACAUAAAAAAUUUCAUGACCCAAUCAGUAGAUAUUGAGAGAAGUGUAUUUCCAAUUAUCAAUCAGUGUUUAGAUGGUAUUCUCAGAGCAGCAGAUCAAAUUAAUGAAAAAGAGGAUACUCAAAUGGUAAUAGAGAGGUACAAGUCAGGCUUCCUCCCACCCGGGGACUACCAAUUUGAAGACCUUAGUGCAGUGAAAAGUGGGGAAGCUCAACCGAUGAUUAUCAACAAUGCUAUCACCUCAAUCAGACCAGAGGCCAUGACAGUCAAGGGAACAAUGUCUGCUGGAAAAUUGAAGAAGAGAGUAGGACUAUUCGGAAUUUUCAGCUCAAACAAGAACAAUCUUUCUCCAUAUGGUGAAAAUAAGGAGGACUACAGUGACUUACCACCCAAUCAGAGGAAGAAGAAAUUGCAACAAAGAUUGGAAGAAAUCUCUGCUAAAAUUCAGCAGGAAACAGCAGCAAGGGAUGGAUUAAUGAAGAUGAAAGGCGUUUAUGAACAAAACCCAGCUUUAGGUGAUCCUAUGUCAAUAGAAGGUCAAUUAAAUGAAAGUGGUCAUAAAUUAGACAAACUCAGACAGGAACAACACAAGUUCCAAAUGUACUUGGAGGAAGCUCAAGACAAUGGGGCUUCUAUCAUGAAUGUAUCCCCGUCAGUCCCUGGCCGCCGUCUCAAGUCACAACCUUCUCGUCUCAUUAAUGGAGGAGGGCAACGUCAUCACCGACAUAGUGGAGGCUCUGGUGGUGAAGAAGAGUCCCUUAGUCGAUCUGCCUCAGAUUCAAGUGUUUCAAAUCCUACUACCAAUAACAAGCAGUCAGCUCCUGGAACUCCUCUUCCAUUGCAUAACUCUUCACACAGCCCCGAGUCAGGACUGGGCACAUCACAUACAUCCUUGCCAGACUCAGAUGAGCCAGAGCCAACAGAUAUUGACGGCAAUGCCCAGCCAGAAUAUUAUGAUGCUGAUCAGCUCCCAGCGCUUGGUAUUUGCAGAGCACUAUAUCCAUUUGAAGCCACUAGUGAAGGUUCCAUUCCUAUGUAUGAUGGUGAGGAACUCCAUAUAAUAGAACUAGACCAAGGAGAUGGAUGGACUCGUGUUCGGAGACAGGGAGAUACUGAAGAAGGUUUUGUGCCCACAUCUUACAUUGAAUGCACCAUAUUCAACAAUUCCUAGGACUUUUUUCGGGCAGAUGACCUGCAUCAAGUUUCUGCCCGUUGUUCAUUAAGCCAGCACUUCAACAAAGUCAAACAGUUCUUCCACAUUUGAGAAGAUUUGCCUGAUCGCUAACUCUGCUCAACUCUGAUCCUCCAAUGGCAGGCAUAAUUAAUGUAGCAUGCCUUAAUUGUUGAGUGCAGCUAUUAUUCAUACUUCAAGAUAUGCUGAGCACUCUUUGCUCGUAUGCAGCAGUGAGUAAAGAAGUGACUUGUCAAUACAUGAUCGAUUUGAAAAUGCGAUCACUCUAGUCGGCAAGUUAUUAACUUGGGUUGUAUGGAUGCAAGUGGUGUCUAGUUUUCAUUACACACUUAACUCUGUGUAAUUUCUCAAAUAUUCUCUCAAUGUCUUCCAAUUUUGAACGGGGACAGUAAUACCAGUUACCUGUCGAGAGGACAUUGGCUAUUUUAAAUGGGGCACCCCAUUGCUUGCUCUGUACAUUAGUGAAAUUAGCUCAAGAAAUCACUUUUAUUAUUUUUUUUUGCAUUGCUGUCAUAUCUGUACUAGAGCUAGAUUAUCUACAAACCUUAUGAGAUGGUGAAUGAGAGUCAGUACAAGCAUCACUCAUGAAGACUGCUAAUCGUGAAGGUAUAGUUGAAGCUACAAAUUGUUUCACUAUUGUAACAUAAAAUUAUUUUUGUAUUAUGAGGUAGUCCUGCUGUAUUUUGAUCAUAAAUGACAAAGCUCUUUGACACUACAUUAUUUAUUUUAAGAUUUUGACCGUUACUACUACAUAGACAAUUUUUAAUUUCAAUUUCCAUUCUUUUAAAUGUUUUUGUUUGUGAACUAUUGUUUUUUGGUUUCAGUUUGUUUAAUGACUGAGGUGUUAGUGCUGAGUGUGCUAAUUUGUUUAAGGGGAAUGAGCAAGGGCAAGUAACUGGAAGCAAGUUCCAGUCUUUCUGAGAACUGUUUCGGGGGACUGCUGUUAGUAUGUUAUGAUAAAUGAAGUGGAGAGUCAGUGAGUCUAUGACCAAAGUAGUAUGUGAUUCCCUGGAAUGAGGGUAUGUUUCAAUGGAAAUUGAUGCUGCUUCCAUAAGUUGUGCUGAGCGAAGUAUUUUUCUCUUUGAUUAUAUACAACAUGGACAUAAAGUAAUUUUUCUAAAUUAGUUUUGGUGGAAAACAAUUAUAUUGUUUCCUUAUUUUUAAAAACAGUUGCCAAUCAACUCAUUUAUUACCUUAUCGUAAACUAGUACUGUAGCUGCACAAAUUUAAAAGUGAGCAGGUGUAAUCUUAAUUUUGUUCUGUCUCCUUUGCAAGUGCCACAAUUAUUUAUAUACGUCAUUUUACCCAAAAUAUAAAUAAGCGAGCUUGUUUCUGGUAACUUCCCCUUGUGGAUACUUUGCAAAUAUAGAAGAAACUAUCUUCUUCCUCUCAUUAGGCAUCUUUAGUUGAAAGCCAAAUUUUGUUUGUUGUCUUGUUCUUAAAAAUUUUCAGGCAUAGUGAGUAAACGUACCAAUCCCAAUGCAAGUCGUAAAGCGAUCAGGUUUGUAGCGAUAUCUCAGUUAUUUGUCAACUGGGUCAUGAAAGUUAUUAUGAUAGUGCUGGAACAACUGGUAGAACCAUUCAAAAAAGUUUGAAUUUUUUGAAUAUCUGAAUAGGCAAUAUUUUAAAAUGCUAGUAAAAUAUGUUGAAUUAUGUAUGCUCUAGAAUGACUGAUGUUAGAAAUGGUUCAACAGCAUGGGUCAGGUUGAUAUGCUGUGUUCCUGUAAAUAAGAAUAGUCGUCUGUAAAUAUUAUAUUUAUGUACAUAGAGCUGCUUUAUGUGCCGCUCUUUUUUUUCUACCUUACGAUGGUGAAUAUUGUUGUAUAAAUGUAAUAGUAAACACAGUUGGUCUACGUUGUAUAGUGAUUUUUUUCUCUUGUUAUUUUAUCUUGCACUGUUUAAUUUUAUUUCAAUUGAAUUUUCUUUGUCUAUUUUAUGUUAUAUUUUUCCUUCUUGUGUACAGAUCAAAAUUAUUUACCUAACUGUGACUCUGUAUUUAAUAAACAUAAUGUGUAAAGCCAUGUGUAUUUGUCAAUAUUAAUAUUUUGAUUAAUCCUUUCCAUCUGCUGCUGUCAUGCGGUUGUGAACUUGACCCGCUUUUGAUGGUGGAGGAACGGCAUCCUCGCUUAGUGGGCCCUAGGUUAGAAGUUGUAGGUUGUGAACUGCAACUUGACUCAUAUUAGGUAUACAAGCAUUCCUUACCUAUUCGUGCUAGGUUGAUUCUGGUUCUGAUCAAAAUAAAGUAGCUAGACCCAUGACAAUUGUUCUGAAAAUCUGUUGUUGUUCUCCGCAUUGUCUCAUACACUGUAUUUAUUUUGCAUUGAAUGAAUGAAAGAUUUUGUAGCAUAUCUGCCUCCUCUUAUUUUAAAAGAAUUUUUCAUGUACCUGUUAUUGUUGUUUUUGGUUGGAGAAAAAUAUAUCAUGCCAUUAAAAAUGCAUUUGUCAUUUGCUUGUCUGAUCUUUCAAACUUUUUAAAAUUUUAAAGAGAAAGCAACAUGUACAAUUCCAAACAUGUUUCUUUUGUAUUAUUGUUGUUGUGUUGUACUGCUGACAUGAAACAACUGAAGUGCAUGGACAUUGUCUGAUAAUGGGUUAGAUCUUUGAUACUUUAUCCGUCCCAAUGUAUAAUAUAAUAAUGUUUAAGUGUAAUUGCAUUUUGCUGUUCACAUCUGUAUGUCUUAAUGCUUUCCUUUAUUGUGCUUUACAUUAUAAGGUCAUAAAACAGAGUUAUUGUGAAUGUUAUUUUAAUGUGUGAUGAUGUAUACAUCUGCCAUGUUCUGAAAUUUUAAUGUUUUGAACAUCUUUCUUAUGUGUACGGCCAUUUGAGCCGGCUGCUUAACAUGUGAUAAAGUGGGGGGAGGGGGGUAAAGACUCGUGGUUGUCUGGCGUAUUUAAAUUAGCGUUAAGUUUGACAUGGUCUUUUGUAAAACCUAUCCUUAUGCUACUUAAACAGCAAAUGACGCAAGUCGAACAAUUUUCUUCUCACAUAUGCAGAGAGCAGCUUUUGUUUUUAUCUAAAUAUCAUAUAAUAACUAUGCUUUUUGUCAGUUAACUUUUACAAGGAUGAUAUUUUCCCCCUCAAAAAUUGCAUUUGAAAAGAUAGUUGUGUAUUGUGUACUACACUGGACUUCACAGAACAACUGGAACGCAUAGUAGUUUUAGAAUUAAAUUUGAAAAGCAGGGCAUGUACGGGCAUGUAUGUCCCUGCUAGAAAUUCAUACCAAAUGACUGAGACCUGAGUGCCAAUAAAUUUAAACUAAAGCAUUUUUGAAAGAAAUUGUUCACAUCUUAGUAUUAAAUCUUUCAUGAACCAGGCUACUUGAAUGUAGAGUGGUCAAUUGUUCACCAGUGAAGCAAAAUUUAAGCAGGAUAGAUACUGUGCUUGCUAAUAAAAUUUUCUUAACCAUUUUUUUUUUUUUUUUUUGUUGGAACAGUUUGCCAAUAUCUAUUUAAUUCUUCAGUAAGAGCUUUUCUGCUUUGAUACUCUUUUAAAGUAUAAUGAAUCUAAAUAAAAUGGUUUGAGUGAUAAUGACUGACUGUAGGUAAUUUGUUGGCAAUGGUCUGAUCAAUGUGAUAAAUUUCAAGUCUUCAUAUUUUCUGUGUUGGGUUUGGAAGUUUAUUUUGGGGAUCAUCAAAAAUUGCUCCAUCUGCUUCUAUGAAACAGAUUAUCUGUAUCACAUUGAGUAGACCAAUGCUUACAAUGUAAAGUAGGAAAAUUGAAUAUUAUGUAAUCAAAUGUAUGUUGCUAUCUUCUAUAUCCACAAGUGUACAUGUUUGUUUAGGCCAACUGUGUCAUUAGCACCAGAGCAAUUUCAAUUCUGAUUUUUUCUUCAGCUGUACAGCAUCUGAUAUUUUAUGUUAAGAUCUAAAAUAUAAUUAUUGAAUAUA